AUCCGCUAUGUCAUUCGAACCGAGGGCCUAUGUUUCUCCGUUUUAAAUGAGGAAUAAGAUGAUCCACAGAAAAAAGAAACUCAUCUUUGCGUGGAUGUUCACGUGCCUUUUGCUGGGGAAUCAGUGCUUAGCAGUUACCAAACAGUGGCUACCCAACACAAAUUUUGAUAAUCCAGCUAACUGGAAUAAGGGAAGAGUGCCGUGUGCAAAAGACAGAGUGCAACUUCAUGGGAACAAGCCGGUCUCUGUUUCUCUAAGGAGCAGUCAUAUUAUUUCAACUUUGAGUUUACCAAUGAAUGGAGAAGUGCUCUUUUAUGAUGGUGCUGAGUUAAGUUUCAAUGAAGAGGUAUCAACUGAUUGUGAAGAUCUUGGUGACAUUCACUUUGUAGCAUCCAUCCAAAACUGGUUUAACCCUUACAACUGGCAACAGAUGGGAGUCAACAAAGAGCCAUUCAGGUCAUCCCCAGUCUCCAUCCUUCAUACAGACAACGUGCCUUGUGUACAUGACACUGUUGUCUUUCCACAGGCCAGCUCCUUUAUGGUCAAGUCUGUUUUGCCUGUCAGGGUAGCAGCUGUUGAACUGCUUGGGGAGGCACAAAAUUCCAUAAGUUUUAAGGAUUUCUGUAACAGUGCAUCUGGAAGCAUGCAGUUCAACUUUAUUGGUCCAACUAAUAUCACAGCAGUGCAGUGUGAUGACAGGACUGGCUGUGCAUGUGGAUAUUGGAAGUUUGCUGAAACUAUCUGUAGCCAUGUGAAAUGUGAGGAGCCUAUUUGUGCUGGUGCUUUUAGACCAGAAGGAAGCUGUUGUGAUGUCUGUGGAACUUUGCUCGGACUAAGUUUGGAGCAAGACUUCACAAUGAAUGAUUUCAAACAUCGGCUGGCAAAUUUCUCUCAGACUGAAUAUGAAGGAGUAAGUGUUGCAACUUCCAAAACAGAAUCAAACUUUGUCCAAGUUUUGUUAAUAGAUCAGGAGGGUGGCAAUGGAGCACAGAAGGCUGCUGAACAACUCAAGGAAGUCUUGAUUUCAGAUAAAAGUUUCAAUGUGGCUGGUGUUAGGGUUCUUGAACAGUCAGGUGACAAGGCUAUUGCUGAGAAACCAGAGAACCGUUUGAUCAUUCCACUGGCAGUAGGACUUUGUCUUCUCUUCCUGUUUCUAGUUGCUGUCAUAUUCCUAAUCUGCAGUUGCACAAAAAGACAGAGCCACUCAUUUGUUACAGUGGCAGAUGGUGAUAUUGAGCUUACCAACAUUGGUAACAACCAAGCUGUAGAUUAUAAAGAGAAUGGGGAGUUGGGGGAGAAGCAAUCUUCUGGUCAGGAUGCUUCUGGCGAGAUGACAGUGGAAAAUCCCCUCUAUGAAAGUUCAACAAAGUGAAGAAGCUGAGAAACAAAUCAGAUAUGUCCUGCUGAUUGUCAAGAGGAAGAUUUAUCAAAGUGAUCCUCACUUUUCAUGCAUAGGCAGGAAUUUUCAAAUUUGUGUAAACUCUGUAACCCCUAAGGGUAUGUGGCAUCUAAUUUCUCUCUAGGGUAUUACUGUUGAAUCAAAAUUAGGUUUAUAAGAACUUGAGAAAUGAUAAAAAACUUGAAGAGCUCUUGAUUGUUUGCUUAAUUCUCCUUGUCAGUGCCAUAGGAAAUGUAUAGAGAAUGCUAUGUAUGGAGAAUAUACAUGCUUGUGACAGACUGUUAAUACUGAAAGAGUGCAUAUUAGUUUUGCUUCACUUUACUCUGCAAGUAAUCUCUAGCACCAGAGACAAUUCUCUUUUCUCUCUUAUUUUUAGGAUUUUAUCAAAUAAAUGUGAAUUUAUCACUGGAAA